GAUCCUUUGGUUGGACCUCAGCCCUAACCUUAACUUGGCAGUCUGGGGUUUUUAAUCCGACGCAUAUCGACUCUCCUGAUUCUGAGUUGGUUUCAUUUGUUUCUCGUCGAGCAGCAUCAUGGCUGAAUCUAGCUUCCCUUUCCCUCCAGAUUCGUUCUGUCCACUGUGUGCAGACACGCUGAGAGACCCGGUCACCAUCCCCUGCGGUGACACCUACUGCCUGGAGUGCAUCAAGAUCUACUGGGACCAGUUUGAUCACAUGGGCGUGUACAGCUGCCCACAGUGCCGUGCCACUUUCACGCCCCGGCCCGUGCUGAGACGCAAUGUGCCCGACGUGAACCACGAGCCCCUGCGACAGCUUACUGAGCUCACUCCUUUCCCCCACAUGCAGCGGGAGUCCUUCUGCGAUUUCUGCGUCGGCCGUCGCAACAGGGCCGUAAAGUCGUGUCUCAUGUGCCUGGCCUACUACUGCGAGACGCACGUCAAGCCACACUACGAGUCGUCCACCUUCAAGAGGCAUAAGCUGGUGGACGAGACGGGCCACCUGGACAGGAAGAUCUGCCCCCAGCAUGAGAAAGGCCUGGAGCUGUUCUGUCGCUCGGACCAGAUGUGUGUCUGCGUGCUGUGUACGGUCAGAGAGCACCGCGGCCACAACAUCACCUCAGCAGAGGAGGAGCGAGUCGAAAAACAAAAAGUCUUGGUGGUCACCCAGUCGGAGGUCCAGUACAUCAUUCAGGAGAGGAUGAAGGAGCUGCAGGAGCUCAAACAUAAUGUGGAUGUUCUCAAAAGUGGUGCCCAGCGAGCACAGGCUGAAAGCGACAAGACAUUCCAUGAAAUGCUGCAGGCGGUGGAGCGCUGGAAGGCAGAAAUCAAUCAGAUGAUCACGGCGAAUAUGCAGGCAGCGAUGUCGCAGGCGGAGGGCUACUUGGGUCGUCUGGAACAGGAGAUCCAGGAGCUGCAGCGCAGAGACGCAGAGCUACGGCAGAUCCUCGAGACAGAGGACAACAUUCACUUUCUGCAGAAUUUCCCCACCCUGUGUGUCCCUCCUGAAGCCAUGGUGCCCAAAGUGCUCAUCAACCCUCAGUUCUCUUUUGGAGAGAUGAGCAAGACAGCCAUGGAGAUGAAAGAACAUGUGGACGACAUCUGUAAGAAGGAGCUGGGCAAAAUCUCCAAGACAGUGAGUGAAACCCCCGUGUACAUCCUUCUGCCAAGAAAUGGUGACAAACGACUCAAAGUUCCUUCCAGACUCGAUUUUCAGGAGCCAAAAACCAGGACGGACUUCUUAAGAUACUCCUGCAAGCUGUCCUUCGAUCCGAACACAGUUUACAAAGAGCUGGUUCUGGCCGAGGGGAACCAGAGGGUCACACGGAAAAAGGCGGUCCAGUUUUACCCAGAUCACCCAGAACGCUUUGACGGCUUCUCUCAGGCGCUGUGCAAGGAGCCUCUGGCUGGUUUCCGGUUUUACUGGGAGGCUGAGUGGAACGGGGAGUUUUCCAUCGGGGUUGCCUACAAGAGCAUCAGUCGGAAGGGGAAGAACUCGCACAGCCUGCUGGGCUACAACGACAAGUCCUGGAGCCUCUUGUGCUCAGACUCGGGCUACUCUGCCUGGCACAACAAAGUAGACCGAGACCUCCCUAAUGCUCCCAGGGCCUCGCGGCUUGGUGUGUACCUGGAUUAUGCAGGCAACACCGUGGCCUUUUAUUCAGUUUCAGAGACUAUGGAGCUUAUCCACAGAUUCAAAGGUCGUUUCAGUGAGCCUUUGUAUGCAGGUUUUGGCGUUGGCUCCUCCGUCACGCUCUGCCAGCUGAAGCAGAAUUCCACAAAUAACUAAGAUUAAACAAACAGGGAAACUGUGGGAAGGCAAGUAAGGCCCUGUGUCCACCUAGCGUUUUUUUUCCAAGUGCUUGAAGUUGAAAUUGUUCAAUUUUUCAGAAAGGCACUGUUGACGACACAAGCGCUAUUUUCAAAAUGUUUGAUAUUCCCCUGUAUCGUGUCUUGAACCCACAUCCUCUUUGCUUCAUGUCUGCUGGAGUAUAAAACAUACAGUAAAAGGUAACGGAGCAGUGUCGGUCAUACUGCAGCCAUUGUCAACAGACUGUUGUCAUAGAGACAGGACGUGCAGCGCUUUUUUUUCUCAACGCUCCAUGCAAGUGCUCUCGAAUGCACAGUCAGCGCUUUCCUGCCCAGAAAAGAGUGUUGUAGUUGUAGUAAGACCACACUAAGUGAGAACAAGACAUAGACAAGACCAGAGUGCACAAGACCAAGACAUUUAUGGAUCGAGACUGAGUCAAGACCAAGACCAAGACCAAGGCAGGGCAAGACCGAGACUAGACCAAGACCAAGACCAUAAAUAUCACUGAAAAAUCAUCAUCAUGUUAUGUAGCGGGCGUGUCACUCACAGACUGUAACACCGGGAAAUUUGCGGCCGUAACCGAGGGAAAAAAAUUAAGCUACAAAUAAAUUGAAGUGAAAGAGGCAUUUUCCUUCUAAUUCGCCCAGUCUGAGACUGAGACAAGACAGAGUAAAAAUGCAUUUAAUUCCUUCAAAAAGUCUCAAGAUCGGUCUUGUGACUGCCGGAAGAAACGCUAGGUGGACAUGGGGCCUAAGAAAGCUAUCAAACUACUACAGUGUACAAGAUGUAAUAUUAAGAUGUUCAUAAAAGGAAAAUUUCACUGUACAUAAGAAAGACAUUUAUUUUAGAUAAUUACUCCAAUAUGUUGUUUAAUGUAAGUUAAUGUCUGAAUUCCAUACAUUGAUUUAACAAACAGCAACAGGAAAAAUAUAAACUCUGGUAAUAAUAAUGAAAGAAGAUGUUCUCUGUUCAGCUGUGAUGUAUUUAUAAGCAUUAACAUGAAGUGGCUUUCAACAACUUGCAGACAGAAAACUGAACACACUUCAUGAACUGCUCUGUCGAUUAGUUUGUGUGAUGUCAAAAUGUACUGUACAUCUUACGACAGAACUUUUCAGGUAUUUAUUUCAUGACAUAAAGCAUCUUUCAUAAUACAA